GUAUACUGCUCAUUAUUGGAAACCUGCAUAUUUACACGAGAUGUUCGAAAGUGCCGCUGACAAAUACCCUCCAAAAGUGCUGCUGCAUGGUGAGCCAUUUGCGUCAAACAUCUUCAGAAGGCUAGACAACACAGAAUUGGUGUGGACUAUCGUCGACUGGACAGGAUGUCAUUCCGGUUGUUAUGGGGAGGACCUCGCUAAGGCAAUAUGUUGGAAUCUCUCCACAAAGGACAGAUUGGAAUGCACAACAUCGCUUCUUGAAGAAUAUUACCAACACGUAAUGAGAUAUUCUGGCGACUUAGAACUAACAAUGAACGAUGUCAGAAAAGCAUAUGAUGCGUUUCUUCCUGUCGCGAUGGUGACAUUUACAGCGAAAAUAAUGGAGAUGCAGAACAAAGGAGAUGUCGAGUCUUUGCUUGAGAGAGCAAAAGGACUCAUCGAAAACCUGUAUACUCUUAUAAAACUAAACGAAUGAUAGUGUGAAAAUUCGCAAACACUUUAUAGAUCCAUUCUGUUUGUGAUGCACUUGAUUAUGCCAACACUAACUUUACCUGGAAA